AUGGGGAUGCUGUUCGUGGAGUACCUCCCGGGGCCCAAGGUGUUCAAGUGCAAGUUCUGCAGGGUUGACUCGGCGUCGCCGGACGACAUCGUGUCCAAGGAGUUCCGUGGCCGCCACGGCCGCGCCUACCUCUUCGAUAGCGUGGUGAAUGUGAGCCUUGGUCCCAAUGAGGAUCGCCAUCUUUUGACUGGAUUGCAUACAGUGAACGAUAUCUACUGUAGCUGCUGCCAACGACUCCUUGGCUGGAAAUAUGCGAAAGCCUACAACGAAGACCAGAAGUACAAAGAAGGAAAGUUCAUACUAGAGAAGAACAUGAUGCUGAAAGAAGGACGUUAG